AUGGAUACUGCCACCAGCGCAAGCGCAGAUGAAGGAGCCAAAAUGGGUUCCUCGGAAAUAUCAAAAAUAGAAGCCAUACUUGACAAAAUUCUCCCGUAUAGGGACAUAAACGUAGUAACCCUAAAAAGCAUAAGAAAAGACGUGGCGGAUUAUUUAAAUGUGGAUGAAUCAUAUUUUACGGAGAGCAAAGAAAAAAAAGACUUACUGAAAAGUAUCUUGAAAGAAAAGUUGUUAAAAAUUUACAAACAACAGAACGAGGAGGAGACGACGGAUGAAGUUGAAAAAAGCGAAUACAACGAUGAAGUGAAAAAGGGAGAAUCGAAACAGAAAGUAAAGAAGAGUGCAAGCAAAAAUGAGAAGAAAAGCCCCCAAAAUAAAGAAAAAAGUGCAGAGAAGGAAAACUCAGAUAAUGAUGUGGAACAAGAAGAGGAAGAAGACAACUACACCGAUGACAGUGUGAGCGAUAUAAAAAAGAAAAAGAAAAAGGCAAAGGAACAAAAUGACGAUGAUGAAUAUGAUGAGGAUGAAGAUGGGGAUAAACAAACUGAAUUCAGUUAUGAUAAUAACAAAUAUAAAUCAAAUAAUGACGAUGCUUCCAAAAAAAAAAAAAAGAGUUUCAGCAGUGGAAAUAACACUAGUAAAGAAAAAAAUGUACAUACCAUCAAAAAAGAAAAAUUAAGAAAAUUAGUUUUGGAUUUAAAAAUUGGACCCACUAUUUUUAAAGACUUAAACAAAGAAGAUGAAGAAGCAUACAAUACCAAACUGGAACAGAGAAUAAUUACGUUUUGUGAAAAAAAACACGUGUGCUCGGGAAGUGGAAGAUUACCCAGUCCGAAUGAAAUACACGAGUACAGAAAAAAAAUGAAACUCAAGGAGGAAUUAGAUGGUAUUGACCCGUCUAACAUCCUCGACUCCAGCACAAGGGUCAGGAGAAGGAACCCUAAUGCUUAUGUGCCCCAGUCAUUUGCAGAGAUUGAUGAGGAAGAGGAGGAGGAGGACGAAGAAGAAGAGGAUGAAGAAGGAGAGGAUGAAGAAGAAGAUGACGAUGAUGAAGAGGUCGUCGGAGCGGAAGAUGAUGCAGAAGAGAAAGACCACGAUGAGGAGGAAGAAGAAGAAGACCAGGGUGAUGAGGAUGAAGAGGACGACGAGGAUGAGGACGACGGGGUGGCUAAAUCUAAAAAGAAAACGUUAAAAAAAACAAUCAGCAAGAAGAAGACUCGUGUGUUGGAGGAUGACGACGAUGACGAUUGA